ACCCCCCCCCCCAGGUAUUGGAGGGGAGGGGGCGUAGGCGCAGCCCUGGGGCUCUGUUAAAGGAUACAUUCUUUGGAUUCCUAGAGGGGGAAUAGAGGCAGCUAAAGGUGUCCCCUCCCGGGUGCCAGCUGUGCCUGGGAGCUGGGGCUUUGGUGGCACCGCUGAGGUGGGCACAGGGUGGGCACAGGGUUCCGUGACUCCUGAGGGGCCUGAUGCCCUCCCUGUCCCCAGGCAGCACCUGAUGCCGGGUGAGGGGGCCUUUGCCUGGCAGUAUGGCCUGAGUGUGUGGAGGGUUGUGGCUGCGGGGCUGGGACGCGUCCCCUGGGCCAGUCGCUGUCCGGUGCCCGUGCGUGCGUAGUGGCAGGAGGGCUGCCGGGUUCUCAGAUCCCGGAAGAGGCCUGGUGCUCUCUGAUUCAGAGCCUGUCUCCAGGCGCGUGGGGGUGUGGCAUUUCUGUCUGAGCCAGCUCCUGGAAAUGGCCUUUCUCUCCUCCACCAGGACCUCGGAGGGGGCCACACACCCCCUGGGAACAGUGCCCCGGUCAGAUCCUGACUCCUGGGUGGCUGCUGGAGGGCCCCGCCCCCAUCCUGUGACUCACUGUCUGACACUUUUCUUGGACUGUUUCACUAUCUUUCGUUCUUUCUUCUGCCUUGCUCUUCUGCCUCUGCUGCUCUCCACCUGUGGAUUUCCAGGUGCGACAGAGGAACACCAGGCUCCCCCUCCCACCUCCCUCCCUGAAAAGGAGCAGCGGGGCGGGGGAGGGGGGUUCCUCCUCAUUCAGUCCCAGCCUGCACCUGCCCUGAGAGGGCGUUCUCACCUGCACCCUGCAGUCCUGUGCCCCUUUCUGCGGCCUUGGAAGCUACAACCCCUUCUCCUUACGUUCUCCUUAGGGGCACAUCCCUGCGGCCCAGAACCAGUGUCUCCCUGCCCUGCCCUCAAGCUCUCCCUCUGUUUGCUCUGGGGGGACAGGGAGCCCCUAAGAUGCCUGCCUUGAGCACCCCCUGCUCCCCUCCAAGCUGCUCCUUUUGAGCCCCAUCCUUGCCCCGAGCCUCUGCACAUGCUGGGAAACCGGCGUGUGACCCCACCCACCCCCCCUGCCUCGUUUGCAGUGCCAAGAGCAGGAGGUCUCCCUUGGGCUUCAUAGGCAUGGAGACAUGUGUGGGGCCAGCCUGCCCUUCCUCUGACGUCGCCAGGUGCUUCUCCAUGCCACAGGCUCUUGACAGCCAGGCAGAGGUCCUGCAGCCUGUUGUCAGUGACCGGAAGGGAGGCCGCUGCAGGAUGGUCAGCGAAGGGCUCUGACGAGGCCAUACGCGGCCAUCCAAGGCCUGUGGGGGGGCCCGUCUCAGUCUGUUGGGCCUGCUGCGAUUGAGGGGUCUUCUAGACAAAGGGGACGUAGGUCUCUCUGCUUUGGAGAUCAAGCUGCUGAGCUGGCAAAGUCGUGGUCUUGCUGUGUCUCUUACCAGAGCAGUAAUCUCAUUAAGGAUCUACUUACCUCCCAAGGGCCCCACCUCCAAAUUCCAGCACACAUUUGGGCUACAACCAAAUACUCAGUCCAUAGCAGGAGCCCAGAGACGCAGGAAGAAGGACUAGGAGGUUCAGGGGGCCCCUUUGGAGGAAAUUCUGGAAGGGAAUGAGGCCGGGUUGAUCCAGCUUGUGCAAGGGCAGGAGGGGGAGUGGGGACAGGAGAGGAACUGCAAGUUCAGCUGGGUAUGGAGGGGGUGGGGAGAGUCCCACGUGGAGGCUGGGGGAGGAAGCAGUGGCCAGACCUUCAGCCUCUGGGAAUUCUGGACCUGGUCCUGUUAGUGAGCCUCCCUAGGGGACUUUCAGAGUGGUUUAAGCAAGGGGGUAGUGGGCAGAUAAGAGGUUUGCUGUGUUCAUUCUGGCUCAUGGCAGUGGGAGCAGACUUGAUAAGGAGAGCGCACUUUUUAAAUUAAUUGGAAUGCUUGAAGUUUGUGAAUCUUGGGUGUACAGUCAGAGGAGUGUUCAUGCAGUUCCAGACGCCCACGUAGCCACCGCCUGAUGAUCAUUCCCUGGAAUAGUCCCUGCUGACCCUCCCCGUGGGAACCUCUGUUUGACUUGUGCCAUCAUCUACUGGCGGUCUUGCCUUCUCUUGAACGUCAUUUGCAUGUAUUUUGUGUCUGGCUGCUUCGGCUCAGCACGAUGUCUGUGAGAUUCAUCUGGGUGUCUGUCUUUUUACGGUGUAGGGUAAUUCAUGCACUGAGCACUUGGUGCUGUUUAGGGAAUUGACACGUAUCGGGUCCUGUAAACUUCCCAACCCUAAGAGGUUAUAAGACAAAGACCCAGAGAAAUAGAGAGAUUAGGGAACUUGCCCAGGACUGCCCAGCCAGUUAAUAGUGGAGCCGGGGUUCCGAGGGAGGCAGUCUGGCUCUGCAGCCAAGGUGCUUAACCUCACACCAGGAGCCUCCGUGGCCUUCCUGAGUGUGUGCCUGGUGCACUGUGGAUUAAACCACUUUGGGUGAACUCCCAGGGCUGGGUGCUUCGGUGUAGAUGGAGGGAGAGGGGGGAGGGGGUGGAGGAUGACUGCAGGUUUCUGGCUUGAGUAACUGGGUGGGUGGCAGUGCUGUUACUAAGAUAGGGAACACAGGAAGAGGAACAGAUGGCGUGGGGGGUGGGGAACGGAGACAAGGGGUUCGAUUUGGGGCCUGCGGAAUUUUGUUUCUAGGGGACAGCCUGGGGGAGAUAGCAAGAGGCAGUUGGUCCCAAGGGGUGUCGGGCUCUGGAGUGGGAUUAGGGAGGCAUUCUGUGCCGUGUAGCAGCACCCCGAAUUUGCGAAGGGAUGGGAUCUCCCCUUACAACUGUGCAGGGACAGGAUGUGUGGGGGCUGUUUGUCCACGUGUGUGUGCCUGAGUGUCUGUGGUUGGUUCACGUGUGCAUAUGUGUGCGUGGCUCUGGGUUGUAAGUCCCGCUUCUCCUGGGAGAGCUGCAUGUCAGCUGGGAGCUGGAUUGUUUGUGUUUGUGGUUUGACCCUGGAGGAGGGGGGUUGCCACGCCUGAGAAACAACUGCUAGAAACCCCCGGAAACACCUGUGCACGCUCUUCCCCCAGGCCAGGGUGGGGGAUCAGCCAGGGAGGGAGACUGUCUUGUCUCUCUUGUGCCUGUCCGAGGGAGGCUGCAGGUAAUCCGUUGGCAGCACACCCUCCAGGCUUCAGGGGAAGCCUGAGAGAAGAGGAAGGGGUUUGGAGAGGACACCUGAGUAGAGGAACAGGAGACAGACAGCCUUCUGGCUGCCUGUCCCCAGACCCCAGGGCACACCCUGCACCACCAUGUCUGGGCUGCUGAAGAGGAAGUUUGACCAGCUGGAUGAGGAUUCCUCCUCCUUGUGCUCCUCCUCCUCCUCCGGCUGCCACUCCCGCUCCUGCUCCCCGAGCUCCUCAGACCCCCCUGCCUGGUACUCGGAUGAGGAGGGCCCCUGGGACCAGACACCCCAGCCUGACCGGGACUGCCGUGGCCCCCGGAGUUUCACCCCCCUGUCCAUCCUGAAGCGGACUCCCCGGAAGCGCCCUGGCCGCGUGGCCUUUGAUGGCAUUACCGUCUUCUACUUCCCCCGGUGCCAGGGCUUCACCAGCGUGCCUGGCCGUGGCGGCUGUACCCUGGGCAUGGCCCCUCGCCAUAGCGCCUGCCGCCGCUUCUCCUUGGCUGAGUUUACCCAGGAGCAGGCCCGGGCGCGGCGUGAGAAGCUGCGGCAGCGCUUGAAGGAGGAGAAGCUGGAGGUGCUGCGGUGGAAGCUUUCGGCGGCCGGCGUACCCGAGGCGGCAGAGGCGGGCCCUCCGCUCACCGUGGACAGCAUCGAUGAUGCCUCUGUGGAGGAGGACUUGGCCGUGGCCGUGGCUAGCGGCCGGCUGGAAGAAGUGAGCUGCCUCCAGCCUUACCCAGCCCGGCGACGGCGUGCUCUGCUGCGUGCCGCGGGCGUGCGCAGGAUCGAUCGGGAGGAGAAGCGGGAGCUGCAAGCCCUGCGCCAGUCCCGAGAGGACUGUGGCUGUCACUGUGACAGGGUUUGUGACCCUGAGACCUGCAGCUGCAGCCUGGCGGGCAUCAAGUGCCAGAUGGACCACACGGCAUUCCCCUGUGGCUGCUGCAAGGAGGGCUGUGAGAACCCCAAGGGCCGUGUGGAAUUCAACCAGGCACGAGUCCAGACCCACUUCAUCCACACGCUCACCCGUCUGCAGCUGGAGCAAGGGGCCGAGAGCCUUGGGGAGGUGGAGGCCCCCACCCAGGGCAGCCCACCCCGCCCUGACGACCAGGCCCUGGUGCCCUCUUUUCCACUGGCUAAACCCCCGGCGAGCAGCGAACUGGGAGAUAACAGUUGCAGCAGCGACAUGACCGAUUCCUCCACGGCGUCCGGCACCAGUGAGGCCGCUGACCGGCCCGCCCACCCGAGCCUGCCUGGCCCUGGCUUCCAGCCUGGCGUGGAUGACGACAGCCUGGCACGGAUCCUGAGUUUCAGUGACUCUGACUUCGGAGGGGAGGAUGAAGAGGAGGAGGAAGGUGGGGUGGGGCACCUGGACAACCUCAGCUGCUUCCACCCGGCUGACAUCUUCGGUACUGGUGACCCCGGUGGCCUGGCCAGCUGGACCCACAGCUACGCUGGCUGUAGCCUCACGUCAGGCAUCCUGGAUGAAAACGCCAACCUGGACGCCAGCUGCUUCCUGAACAGCGGCCUGGAGGGGCUGAGGGAAGGCAGCCUUGCUGGCACGGCAGAGCCGGCCGGCAUGGAUGCUGCCCAGAGCAGCUCGGUGGAACUCAGCUUGUCUUCCUGCGACUCCUUUGAGCUGCUCCAGGCGCUGCCAGAUUAUAGCCUGGGACCUCACUACACCUCCCACAAGGUUUCUGACAGCCUGGACAACCUCGAGGCACCCCACCUCCCCUUACCCAGCCUCUCUCCACCAGGGGACAUCAGCACCUGCUUCCUGGAGUCGCUCAUGGGUUUGUCCGAGCCUGCGGCCGAAGCCCUCACGCCCCUGGCGGACAGCCCCUUUGAGGAUGCUGCCCCGGCGCCUCUGAUGGAGCCUGUGCUGGUGUGAGGACUUCGGGGGGUGCCUUUGGCCCAGCCCCCAGAGCCCUAUCGCUGCUGUUCUGUAACGUGGGGGGACCUCCCCCACCAAGGUCUGUAGGUAACGGGCUCUGGUGGACUGGUUCAGCCCUGAGGUGCUAUGUGGGCACCCCUGGUUUUUAUGCAACACUCUGGAUUUAUUUAUUUAAAUUUUUUUUAACUUUCCUGUGCUGAAGGAGGGUGGGGGAGGGGACUUCCCCACACUCACACAGCGCUCUUCCGCCUCCGCAGUGCAGGCUGGGAAGAAGGUGACGCUCCCUUGGAGCUUGGCAGGCAGACCCCUCUGUGGUCUCCGGAUGAGGUUCCUUAGCCCCGAGACCAGGCUGCAGUUCGCCAUUCUGGCGGCUUCUUCUGCCACCCUGCACCAUAGACCCUUGGGUGGCUAAAUCCUCUGGACUGUGAAGACUAUAAUUUAUUUCCAUAAUUUAUUAGACUGAGGCGGCUUGGGGCAGGGGCAGGGGUGGGUACCAACCCCGAGUCCCCUUUGCCUUUUAGCCCUGGACCUUGCCCCUGCCUGGGCUUUGCAGAUCAGGUGUGAAUUGGAGCCCCGGGAUCAUGCGUCAGCCGCCUGGCUCCUGCAUGGUGGAGCAGGUGGGGGCUGGGCUGACCAAAACUCCCUUCUGCCCCACCCAGUCCUCUGCUUCCUGCCAGCUGCCCUGAGUCCCUACUCCCUAAAGGCCACACCCUUUAUUCCCUGCCUGUGAUGUAGGAGGGGGGAGUGGGCGACCCAGAGAGGGUGAGGAGCUUGCCUUGGAGCGCAAAGCGAGCCAUGGACCCACGAUCUCGGCUUCCCGGGCACCCUGCUCCAUCCUGGCCCACCUGCCUGUGCCAUGCGCCCAGGUGGUGGGUGGUGGCUCCUUAGGACUUCUGCUGAUGAAUUUUGCAUAAUUUCUAUAUUGUCUCCGAGUGUCAGACUGUAAUUUAUUCAUUUCUCUGUGUGUCUGUGCCAAGAAACCCAAGUCUCUGGGCCUGCCCCCUUGCCCAGGAGGCCUUGCCAGCCUGUGUGCUUGUGGGAACACCUUGUACCUGAGCUUGCAGGUACCAAUAAAGAGGCUCUAUUUUUAA